AUGAGCAAACAAAAAUCGACAACAACUGUUAUCAGUGGUGCAGCAGCGAUGCCUAGCACCACCACUAUUACCAACGCGAACAAUCGUGCUGCUGUUGUGUUGUCUCGACCUAUGCGUCGGGUUCUUCAAAAUUUCCGACUUCUAUGGCUUGAUGCCAAGUUGGAUGAAUCCAAAGACGAUUUCAAGAAAUCGUUUCGACGUUUGCGACGUGUUGUAGCAAGCAUCGAAACAUUUACAGAUGCUCAAGAAUGCAUUGACUUUCUCAGUGCCAUUACAAAUGAAAAGGUAUUUAUGAUUGUGUCAGGCUCACUUGGACAAAAAAUAGUAACAGAUAUUGAAUCCAUGUCACAAUUAGAAUCUGUGUAUGUUUUUUGUCGCAGUCAAUCUCAUCAUGAGCAAUGGGCCAAUAAAGUACCAAAGAUUAAAGGCGUAUACACAAAAAUCAAAUCGAUCUGUAAGGUCUUGCAAAUCGAUCGUGAAAAUUGUGAUCGAUCUAUGAUCUCAAUCAGUUAUAAUGGCAUUGAUGCUUUAUUUAUGUAUACACAAUUAUUAAAAGAAGCACUUUUAGAAAUUGAAGAUGACGAUACAAAAUCUAUUAAAGAACUUGCCGAAUACUGUCUUCUUCAAGAUGAUAUUGUUGAAAGUGAAAUUAGGAAGGUCGAAAAAGAAUACCGUGACCACACACCAAUAUGGUGGUAUACGGCACCAUUUUUUAUAUACUCGAUGCUCAAUCGAGGCCUUCGCCUCAUGGAUAUCGACAUCAUUUUAAAAAUGGGCUUUUUUAUUCGACAUCUACACAAUCAUAUUGCACAAUUACAUCGCGAGCAACAAGAUAACGUGCCAACGAUAUUUCAAGUCUUUCGUGGACAAGGUUUGUCCAUUGAAGACUUUGAAAAAAUGAAAAAAACCAAAGGAGGACUUAUGUCCUUUAAUAAUUUCUUAUCAACAAGUCGCAAUCGCAAGAUUUCCCUGGAAAACUUUGCACGGCCAGCUACACAGAAUCCUAAUUCAGUUGGCAUACUUUUCAUUAUGAACAUCAAUACGGCUAUUUGCACAAAAUCAUCAAUACCAUUUGCUGAAGUAAGCAAAGUUGGUUACUACAAAGAUAAAGAGGAAGAAAUACUUUUUACAGCACAUACAAUUUUUCGUAUCGAUCGCAUUGAACGAAUUGAAAAUAAACAUACCGAUCGCUUAUGGCAAGUUAAUCUCACCAUCGUGGGUAAUCAAGAUGAUGACUUUAACACACUCACAGCAUAUCUGCGAGAAGAGUCCACUUGGGCAACAGGAUGGGCUCGAUUUGGUCACAUACUUAUUAAACUUGAAAUAACUAAAUAUCAUACUCUUUUUCGUAUAAAAUAA